UCGAGCUCGGCUACGCCUUGCUGACUGCGCCUCCUAAUUUACAAACUCUGCCUACCUAGCCAUUACAGGACUCCGAAAAAUGCCAACCACAAGCCUGUCGACCAACGAGAUCGACUUCUGGUGCAACACAGAAAAAUCUGUGGCUGACUCAAAUCCGGACAAAACACUGGACAAGAAGAUGAUGCCGCGCGCACCCCGGGCUACUGACUCCAACUCAAGUUCCAUGCCGGGCUUCCUGCAACAACAGCACUGGGAGAGUGAUCUGCACACGCCGGUUCAACAUGCUUUCAGCCCGAGCAUCUGGUCGCCGAAUUUCCCUGCGGCUAUUCAUAGCAGCAGUCGCUUCGCGGCUGGCAGCCAGACCUCCUACAGCCCCCUGAAGGAAUCGUCGGGGAUCGGCCGUGGCACUUCCCUGUCCAACAAGAACAAAUUCCGACACCACUCGUUCGGCGACAAUGACCAAUAUCACCUGGAGCAAAACGGCCGUGGGGGCUUCUCCUCGAACGCGCUGAGGUACAAGACCGAGCUCUGCCGCCCCUUCCAAGAAUAUGGCAAGUGCAAGUACGGCGAGAAGUGCCAGUUCGCGCACGGUUUCCAAGAGCUGCGCAACCUGAGCCGCCACCCCAAGUACAAGACGGAGCUGUGCCGCACCUUCCACAGCAUCGGCUUCUGUCCGUAUGGGCCACGCUGCCACUUCAUCCACGACAUGCCUUUUGGAGCCCCAUCGGGGAACCGGCAGCCCUUCAGUGGCCAUGGCCGUGGCCGCGACUUGCAAGUCAGCUUCUCCCAGGAGCCACGGCACAAGGUGAAGCAAAACUUAAACUUUUUAGGCUUCUCUAUGGACAACCAGGAGCCGCCAAAGCUGCUCGACAGCCCCAUUUGGCGCUUUCCUCCACAGCUCUCCAGCUUCUCGGCCUCUGAAGCCUCCACACCCUCAGGGGCUCCGGAGGGCGCCUCUGCAGCCGCUGCUGUUGCCGCUGCCGCAGGGGAGGUGACCGGGGCCACCGAGUUCUACAGCCCCGCAGGCGAGGUCCCAGCCGGAACCUCGUUUGCAAACAAUGCCUUUGAUUUUGGCCUGGAGCUAAACAGCUUGAUCACUCCGGUGGGCGCGGAGUCCCACAAUUUUGCUGCGGCGGGCACCCUUUGCGAUGGCAACCAGCAGCAGCAGGAGCUAGCGCCUCACAUGCAGACCCUGGCACAGCCCAGAGGUCCCGUCCCUUCCAGUGCUGCAGCCGCCUCCGCCGGCUCUGCCUCUGUUGCCGCCGCUGCUGCAAGGCCCGGGCCGCCCUUCAACUUUCAGCAGAGCUACCGCCAGCCCAAUUCUGUGUUCGACAUGCCCUCUGGCCCUCCAGUCUUGCUGUCGGACCGCGACAGAUACCAUAGCAGCUCCCUGAGCUCAGGCACCAUCAACGGAUCUGAGAACCGCAGCCCUGUCCGCCGCCUGCCUAUCUUCAGCCGCCUGUCGAUCUCAGACAACUGAGGUAAGGAGGUACAGCAGUAAGGUGGGAGAAAAAGGGAGGGAGGGAGGGAGAGACAGGUCAUGCUGAAGAGGGUACUUCCUCUCCAUCUCAU